AGUCUGUAAAGUUUUGCUUAGCAACAGGGUUUAUUAAUAGAAAGAAAUGUGACCCGUAGAAGGAUCAGUACUGCAACACUGAAUCUCUUGGUUUUUAAUCUGGAUUAUUACAGAAGAAAGAGGCCAUUCUUCUACUGAUUCUGGAUCACAUACUUACCCUGCAUCACCACCGCUAGAAAGAAAAGGUAACAGGAAGUUUGAAGUCAUGUCUGGAAAACCGAAGCUUUACUACUUUAAUGGAAGAGGCAAGAUGGAGUCGAUUCGUUGGUUGUUAGCUGCAGCCGGGGUCGAGUUUGAAGAAGAGUUUUUGGAAACCCGAGAGCAAUAUGAAAAGCUCCUGCAAGGUGGAUCCCUGCUGUUUCAGCAAGUGCCCAUGGUGGAGAUAGAUGGGAUGAGGAUGGUGCAGACCAGAGCCAUCCUCAGCUACAUUGCAGCAAAGUACAACCUCUACGGGAAGGACCUGAAGGAAAGAGCCCUGAUCGAUAUGUAUGUUGGAGGAACUGAUGACCUCAUGGGCUUCAUUAUGAUGUUCCCUUUCUUAUCGGCUGAGGAUAAAGAGAAACAACGUGCUUUUAUUGUUCAAAAGGCAACAAGCAGGUAUUUCCCAGCAUAUGAAAAGGUUUUGAAAGACCAUGGGCAGGACUUUCUGGUUGGCAACAGUUUAAGCUGGGCAGAUGUUCAUCUUCUUGAAGCCAUUUUAAUGGUAGAAGAGAAGAAGUCAGAUGUGCUCUCAGGCUUUCCUCAGUUACAGGCAUUUAAAGCAAGGAUAAGCAGCAUCCCCACAAUCAAGAAAUUCCUAGAGCCAGGAAGCCAGAGGAAGCCUGUUCCUGAUGAUAAAUACGUGGAGACUGUGAGAAGAGUUCUGCGCAUGUACUACGAUGUGAAAGCGAAUUAGUGUGCGGGGGCCAGAGCACAGCUGUGCUCGGGCUGAGAGGGUGGCCAGGCCACACACAAACAGUUACACUGCGCAGGAAGGCAAAGGGGGGUUCGAGAGGCCUUUCUGUGGGCAAUGCCUGGUGCACUCAGACAAAAUACAGUAGGCAGGUAUCUUUUAUAACACUUUAUUACUAGCCUGUUUUUUCCUUCAUGUUGAGAUUUUUUUUUCUGGUAAUUUUAAGCAAGUGAAGUGGCAGCAAGAAUGGUGUGUGAAAUAGCGAAGAAAAGAGAAACGUGAGCCAGUGACUGACAGCUUUCAGCAUGUUCUGCUGCUUCUGAGGAUUUCUGAGGUCCAGAUCAGAUUUUUAUAUGAUGAUUGCUUCCAAUUUAUGCCUUUGUUUUUAAUAUCACUGUUGGUGAAUGAAACAAGUGUUUUUUAAAGAAGGUAGGAGGGAGGUGUUUCUCUUGCCAGUUCUACUGGACAUCCGUGCCUUGCCUGUGCCUUGUGCCUUUAUAAUUAAGCUAUACUUUUAUUACUGAAUUAGGAAAUAAAUUUACUGCUAAAUGGUAUUUUUGUUUAACCACUCUAUCUAGAGGAUCUGUUCUAAUCAAAUAAACUUUUUAUGUGGUCUCAUUG